AUGUCGUUCAGUGAAAUGAACCGCAGGACGCUGGCGUUCCGAGGAGGCGGGUUGGUCACCGGCGGCGGCGGCCCCACGAACAAUAACGCUAGCGGGGAGGCCUCUUCUUGGCCUCCGCAGCCGCAGCCGCGACUGCCUGCGCUGCCCGCGCCGCAGCAGCCCAAUGGGCGCGGGGCCGACGAGGAAAUGGAAUUGGAGGGCCUGGAGCCCCAAGACUCGGAGGCCUCCGCCGGGGCGGCCGCCGCCGAAGACGCCAAGGAGUUGCUGCUGUUCCCUCAGGACACGGGCGGCCCCGCCUCGCUGGGCGGCGGCGCGGGGGGCCCACUGCUAGCGGAAAGGAACCGUCGGACUCUGGCCUUCCGCGGGGGAGGCGGCGGGGGUCUCGGCAACAAUGGCAGCAGCCGCGGCCGCCCGGAGACCUCGGCGUGGCCCCUCAGGCAUUUCAAUGGGCGAGGGCCGGCGGCCGUGGAUCCGGAGCAGGACGCGCUGGAGGGGAAGGAGUUGGUGCAGGACGGGGCGUCCCUGAGCUACAGCACCGAGGAGGAGGGGGCGAGCCCGGGCGAUGGCAGUGGGGCGGAAGGCGGCAGCUGCAGCAGCAGCAGGCGGUCGGGAGGCGAUGGCGGGGACGAAGCGGAGGGCAGCGGUGUGGGAGCUGGCGAAGGAGAGACUGUCCAGCACUUCCCGCUCGCGAGGCCCAAGUCCCUCAUGCAGAAGCUCCAGUGCUCCUUCCAGGCCUCUUGGCUCAAGGACUUCCCUUGGUUGCGGUACUCCAAGGAUACUGGCCUUAUGUUUUGCGGCUGGUGCCAAAAGACCCCCGAGGAUGGGGGCAGCGUGGACCUUCCCCAGGUGGGGCAUGAUGAGCUUUCGCGAGGGACCCGCAACUACAAGAAAACCCUGCUCCUGAGGCACCACGUCUCCACCGAACACAAACUCCUCGAAGCCAACGCCCAGGAGUCAGAAAUACCACCAGAGGAGGGAUACUGUGACUUUAAUAGUAGGCCAAAUGAGAACUCUUAUUGCUAUCAACUUCUUCGACAACUAAAUGAACAGAGAAAGAAAGAUAUUCUUUGUGAUGUCAGCAUUGUGGUGAGUGGGAAAAUCUUUAAAGCUCAUAAGAACAUCCUGGUUGCAGGCAGCCGUUUCUUUAAGACUUUAUAUUGUGUUUCAAACAAAGAAAGCCCUAACCAAAACAAUACUACCCACUUAGAUAUUGCUGCAGUUCAAGGUUUUUCAGUCAUCUUGGACUUCCUGUAUUCUGGGAACCUGGUGCUCUCAAGCCAAAAUGCCAUUGAAGUGAUGACAGUGGCCAGCUACCUUCAAAUGAGUGAAGUUGUUCAAACUUGUAGAAAUUUCAUUAAAGAUGCCUUAAAUAUAAGCAUUAAAUCAGAAGCUCCAGAGUCUGUAGUUGUGGACUAUAAUAAUAGGAAACCAGCUAGUAGGGAUGGCCUGGCUUCAUCAAGGGAUCAAAAAAUUGCCAGCUUCUGGGCGACACGGAAUCUUACCAAUUUGGCAAGUAAUAUAAAAAUUGAAAAUGAUGGUUGUAAUGUCGGCGAGGGCCAAAUAGAAAACUACCAGAUGAAUGACAGUAACUGGGUCCAGGAUGGUUCUCCUGAAUUGGCUGACAAUGACUCUCAAGGUAAAACAAAAGUGUUUAUUUGGAAUAACAUGACCUCUCAAGAGACUGGCAAAGCAAGGAGGAAAAACCAAACUACAAAGAGAUUUGUUUAUAAUAUACCACCAAAUAGUAUAGAGACAAAGGCAGAAGACUGCUCGGUGAUCCAGCCGCCUGUUGACUAUCCAGAAGAAAAGAAGGCCCUACUCAUCAAGGAAGAGCCAGAUUUGGAUGGUGCACUACUCUCAGGACCUGAUGGUGAUAGGACCGUGAAUACAAACUUAUUGGCGGAAGCCUGCAGUGGUCAAGAUGCAGGAGAUGCUGGAGCAUCACAUGAUUUCAAGUAUAGUUUGAUGCCUGGCACUUCAAGUGACUUCAAGUAUGAGGUGCUUCCAAGUACUUCGAAUGACUUCAAAUUCAGAGUGCUGCCGGACGCUUCAAAUGAGUUCAAGUAUGGAUUAUUGCCAGAAUCUUGGCCCACACAAGGAACGUGGGAAAAUGGUAACUCAUCUCUAAUCAUGAUGAACAAGUUAAAAUGCCCUCACUGUAGCUAUGUAGCCAAAUACAGACGAACACUAAAACGGCACAUGCUCAUUCAUUCUGGAGUCAGAUCAUUUAAGUGUGAAACUUGUGGGAAGAUGUUUACUAGAAGAGAACACGUAAAAAGACAUUCCCUGGUGCAUAAAAAGGAUAAAAAAUACAAAUGCAUGGUGUGUAAGGAGAUCUUCAUGUUAGCAGCCAGUGUUGGAAUAAAGCAUGGAUCUCGACGCUACGGAGUAUGUAUGGACUGUGUAGAUAAAUCACAGCCAGGAGGGCAAGAAGGUGUAGAUCAGGGACAAGGUACAGAGUUCCCUCGCGAUGAAUUUGAGGAACAUGAAGCCGGUGAGCCGGAUGAAGAGAUGGCUGAGGACAGACAGGAUCAGAGCCAUGCACCUCGAUGGGAUGCGUCAGGAGGCCUCUAUGUCUCUGGAUGAUGAGCUGACCUGCUAUAUAUAUUCCUCAAGAAUGCUGCAUUGGACAUACUAUGAAUCGACAAUUGGGAUUGUUGAACUUGAAGGCUUGCAAAAUAUGGUACAUGCUGGAUGGUAGUUACGUUGCUGUGAAAAACUGUAGGGUUAAAGCCUUAUAGCAAAAAAUUUUUAUAUUUGCACAGGACUAUACAGCAAGCAACCAUGUGGUUGGAUACAUGGAGUCCUCACAUAUUUCAGUCAGUUGUCAAAGUAAAAUAUUUUUUAUUUAUAGGAUAUACAGUUAACUAUUUGGGUUGUAUGAGAAUAUAGUACUUGUCCUUUAUAGAGCUUGCUUACAUUCAUGUGCCACUUUAACAUGGAUGAAGAAAAUCCAUUUAUGGAAGUACAGUGACAGUUGACCCAAUCACUCUGUCAAUCAAACCACUCAGGCUAGUUUGUACUAGUAGAGUUUUGUUUCUAUUUUUAUUUUAUUAAUUUUAUUUUUUUUAAUACAGAUUUUCAGUGAGGGGCUUUUUGAACCCCAUUGGUUCUAUUUUCUUGUUUGUUUUUUUUUCCAUUUUAUUUGCUUCAUAACUUAAACCAAGUCUCUUCUAGUCUUAGAUGUUAUUUCUUAAUUUUGUGCUGAUAGGCAUGUUUGUAAGAGCUGGAGAGGUAAUUUAUUGGAAUGAACUAACUGACUCCCCAUCCUCCCUCCCCUUUUUUUGACGUGAAUUUUACUACUUCACAAAUGAAGAAUGAUGUUACGAAGUUACCAUGGUGAAGCUGACAGAUACCACUAAAAUGAUUAUGACUUACAAGUAACUUUCUCCUGCUGCUCUGAUCUGAUAAAUGGUUACUAUAUGAUGUUUUCUGACAUGGGUUUUGGGUUUGGGUAUCUGUUACUUUGGCACUAUUCUUGUUUGCCUCUUAUAUUUUUGCCAGUGUGCUAUACCUCAGCCUUAUUUGAAAUACAGAGUCUAAUUUGAAGAAUAGUCAUAGAAAAAUACGUAAAAUGAUUUGUUUUAUAAUUCAUCCUCCAUGUCCAGUUUGGCUAGCUUGUUAUGCAAUAUAAGUGAAAUAUCAGGUUUUUUUUUUCUCCUGUGCCCUUUUUUAUCAUUAAAAUGAACACAAAAUGUGCAUUCUCUUUUGUUUCAUACUUACCGGGAUAUUGAGUGUUUUUAAAUUGUGGCUGAUAAUAUAUUUUUCCAUUCCAAGUCACCACACCUUGAUGAAAUCUUAAUAAUCUCCAUGAUUCAACAUACAAAAAUACUACAAGUAAAAUAUUGAGAGCUUUUAUUGUUGCAUUAUCUAAACUCUUCAGGAGUCAGAGUUAUUCAUGCAGUUUAAACUCUUAGGUUUAUGUAGCCAGAUGACCAAGACAGCAUAUCAGGAGCAUAUUUAUAUGUAUAAAAAAAUGGAGAGACGUCAUAUUUUCAACUUUCUUUUAAAUAGAAAUUGAGUAUAUUUUCCUAUUUUAUAUCAAGUAUCUAAAUUAUGACAGUUGUGUGGAAGAAGCCACAGAGCUGCUUUGACAGACACAAAUCUUUUUGGUGCUCCAUCUGGUCAAAGUUGAAAAGUUGAUUUUCUUUUUAAAGAGACAAGCUUCGUCAUUUGCCUCUGAUUUCAGUAGAAUAAUGGUUUGAUAUUGGACAGUGACUUUCUGCGUGGAUAAAUUAGAGAUGAAUUACUCGUGUUAUGUGGUGAGACCCACCCACUGCCCUCUGAACUGUAUGUAGUCUCUGCAUUUCUUGGGAGGAUGGCAGAAGAGUUUCAUUUUGAUUUUUUUGAAAUGAAGGGUACACCUUAUUCUCUGUGUUUGAAACAAAUGAGUAAAAUGUAAUUCUAGUAAAGUCCAAAGUAGACAUAGUUGGGCAGAGAUAUUAUGAAUGAAAAAGUAUUUUAAAGGUAAAAUGUUCUGCUUUGUGAAUAUGUAAGUAUAGUAUGAAGAGUUCUUUCAUCCCAUCUAUCCCCUUCCUUUAAAAUAAACCAUAGUUUACAAUUGGUAGAUCUGUCUAUAUAUAAAUAUAUAUUAAAGAGCAAAUAUAUAUAUUUAAAAAGAUCACCUAAAUCUGCUUUAUUAGACAGUAGUUCACUUAUUGCAUAGAAACUGGACUUGGCUUUACAUUCUUAAUGUACUUUAUUUUACUCGAGAUAUGACCUUAUCUUGAAACAAUUUCCUUUAUUACUUAAAUCAUUUAUGUAUAUCUGGUAAAUUAUGACCAAAUUUUUGUUAGAUUGCGUACAGUAAAUUGAAAUACACAUUUGGUACAGGAUUGUUGUGCUUUUGUUUGGUUUUAGUUGGAAACAGGUUUAAUGUAGAUGGCUUAUUAUUGUUAAUUUAAAAUAUUCUAUAAUUGUCCAUUGCCUUUUAUGUCGUGUUGUGACAGAUUUGGCUAUAUUUUUAGUCAUCUGAAAUAUACUUUAAAAAGUUUGUUUUUAGGUAAUCCAAAGGAAAAAAUGUUUAUACUCUUGAAUAUAUAUUUGCCUCAGCCUAUAUAAAAGUUUCUUUGACGUGAACACUUUACCAGAAACAGAGCUGACAGACUUUUCUACUGCUGACUGCCUAAGUUAUUUUGUUUCACGGUCUUCAGGGAUUGCCUUUGCCCUUUGAGACCUUUUUUUAAAAAUAGUUUUAGUACUAUACUACUGGACGUUUCUAUUUUUUUAAGUAUAUUCCUUUUUCUGACAAUACAACUUCAGGAAGUUGAUAAAUCUCUAAGAACUUUUGGUCUCAGAAAGGUAAUGGAUUGAAUACUCAGAAUUUUGUCUGAAAGUCUGGCAGAGUUAUGUUGUACAUUUGGUGAAGUUUUUCAUGUAAUUUAUAUUUUAAAUAAAAUAUUUUUAGAGUUUUUAAUUUUAAUGAAGGGGAAGAACAUACACUUUCAUAUUCCACAGUGGUAAUACUAUGUCAUAAAUUCAGAUCAUGUGUUAUUCUCCCAGUCAGUUUCUUCCAUAUGGUCCCUCAUUUGUCAAGGUUCUUGACUCUCAUUUUUUCUUUAUUAGACACUUUGCUAAAUUUUAGCACCCUAGUGAUCAAGAGCUUGGGGUGUGUGUGCGUGUGUGUGUGCGUGUGUGUGUGUGUGUGUGUGUGUGUGUGUGUGUGUGUGUGGUACUGGAAGAGGAAACUGGACAAUAACAAGUAGCUCUGAAUUUUGGGGCAAAAAGUACUAUUUGGCUUAAGUAAAGCCAUCCUAAUAAAGAGUGAGUAAAUUCAUUGCAGUUCAUAGAAUACUCAAGCACAGUAAGUACGCAUCAUACUUACUUAUUAGUAAGUGCAUAUUAGCUGUUCAAUAAUAAAUGUGAACCAAGAGAAAAAAGUAAAAGCUGGUAGGGAGAAAUGAGGGAAGUGGAGGGAGGGCCUGAGGAAUGAAGUCUGGCAGGAAGCAAGGUCUGAGGACUCGCUUUGUGAUUGGAGUGUUCUCUGACCAUGGCAUAAGAGGUUCGUCCUUCGGUUUAUGACCCGGAAACUCCCACUUUUUGGUAUGCCCACUCUUUUGUGUUGUUUGCCUUAUUUUAUCUAACCUAUAAGGUAGGUGCUAUUCUAUUUUACAAAUAAGAAAAGGCUCAGAGAAACUCAGAUACUUGCCUAAAUCACCAUGGCUUUUUUAGAGCAGGGGUUAAUCAGGUCUGGUUCUAUUGAUGCCACAUAAAACUGGCUAUGUUAGGAAUUUUGUUUUCUUCUGGGAGUUGCUUUUGUCACUUUGACUUAUUAAACACACCUCACUGUAGUCCUUUGUGAGUGGGCUGAUAUUUUCACUUUUUAAAAGGAUGGUUUUUUAAUAUGAAGAACUAUAUAUAUAAGCCCCAGCUUGUGUGCUGUUCAGUCACCCGGAUCCUUAAGCUUAACUAUGGUACCUAAUCUACAGUUAGAACUAACAGGUGUUUUCUUAGUUUAGGAUUUAAAGUAGAAUUAUUUAUUUUGUUUCUUCUUUACCUGCUGUAUUCCAGUCUUCAAGUGAAGUUGAACAAGGUAGUUUAAAACAUGUUAGGGAUAAGCACACUUUGAAAGAUGUUUUCUCACCCUGAAUUUUAGGGCACUGGGCACUAAAUUUGGAAUACACUAGCUAUUGAGAACAAAAUUUGGGGUUUAAGAAAGGGAUGAUUGAAGCCAUUAUGAUACGGGAGAAACAGCAUCUUAAACACUGUAAACAGAACUCUUCUGCCUGCUGUUUGUAAAAGCUCUCUGGCAAGAUCUUUUACAAAGACCAAUUUUCUUUUUUAAAUGUAAUUUACCUACCUACUAUUUAAAUGUCCUGAGACAUGUAUGUAAACCUCCAAAACCUUUGUUUGUCUGUGUAUUUAGAAAAUACACAAGAAUCUUUAUCAAACUUAAAAUAUAAACUUGUGAGCACUAAAC